AAUUUCACAUUUCUGUCAUUGCUGUGUCUGUGGUUAGUGCUUACAUCGGUGACUGUCAGAAGAAAUGCAUUUUGCCGAUAGAAAUUUGCUGGUUUUUAUUGCAAUUUUGUACAUUCAUGCCGUGUUUGGUGAAGACGUAAAAGUGAAUAAUCUAAACCGAUGCUUAGAUUCGAGGCAUCAUAAAGAAACUCCUGGAAUGGAGUUUGAGAACUUCAGAUUUUGCACACCUUGGGCCAAAAGAUCGUGUUGUACCAAUAAAACAUCGCAGAGUAUCGAGAGGGACGGCGUAUUGACGUUGUAUAACAUGAAAUGGGAUCACUGCAGUCGUAAUCUUAGCAAAGCUUGUAGAGAGUGGUUCUUGAGGGAUACAUGUUUUUAUGAAUGUUCACCAAACGUUGGUCCUUAUAUUGUUGUAGACAAAAGAUCGAGGGUAACUCGAAGGGAAAGGAUAGUAGAUGUGCCUCUCUGUGCAAGCGACUGCGAUGACUGGUUUAAUGCUUGUAAAGACGACCUGACAUGCACCGAUAAUUUUCUGAAAUGGAAUUGGACAAGGCAGGGCAACAAGUGUCUUAAAGAAUGCAGAACAUUUAAAGAAUAUUUCAAUAACUCUGUGACGUUUUAAAAAUGUUUUGGUGGGACAUUUAAGUACGCAAAUGGUGUUCCUGGACAGGACUGUUUUAAAAUGUGGCCAAAUGUAGACAAGGAUGGUCGUAAUCCAAACGAACUGGUAGCAAGAAUUUCUCAGCAGUCACGUAAGUGGUCAGCUGCCAUCAGCAAGAAGGUUGUCGAUUAUUUAGAUCGAUGUAUUGCAACAAGCAACCAUAAGAAGAAACCAGGGCCUGAGUAUGACUCUAAAGAAUGUGUUCCAUGGAGAAGUCAUGGAUGCUGCAGUGCAAAUACAACUUCUGCUAUCAAGAAAGAUGGAGCUUUGACAUUGUUCAACAGAAAGUGGAACCAUUGUGGUAAGCUCUCGGAUAAAUGUCGAGAAUUUUUCAUCAAGAAUACAUGCUUCUAUUCAUGCUCCCCAAAUCUGGCACCUUGGAUUGUCAAUGAUCCAAUGGGUGGUUCGACGAGAACAGAAAAAUUUAAAAGCAUACCACUUUGUUCCGAUGAUUGUGAUGCCUGGUUUGAUGCUUGCAAGAAUGAUAUGACGUGUUCCAAUGAUUGGAGUGAUACCUGGAAGUGGACUGAUAACGACAAAUGCGACAAACAAAAAUGUAUGCCUUUCAAAGAUUACUUUACAAAUUCCAUGAUGUUCUGCAACAAAAUAUUUGAUCACACAUUCAUAUACACUUCUGGUAAACCUGGAAGGGACUGCAUGAAUCUGUGGCCAGAUAGUAGUGCGAAAGAUUUGAAUCUUGAGUUUGCAUCAACAGUUACUCGAAACAUUGUUGCCAGCUCUUCAACUUUACUUUAUUCUACAUUUAUGCUUAUUUCUUCAAUUCUAUGGGCAGUUGUGCUCAUUCUAUAAAAUUACGUCACAUGAUUUGAAUUAACUGUCAACAUCUAUUUCACGUAUUACAUGAUGAGCUACUUAUUCAGUAUUUAGUAUUCAGUUUUUUCAAUACCCAUUCUUUCCCAAACAGGAUAAUUUGGUGCUUGUAAUCUUUUCCGUUAUGAGGUCUAAACCAGCUAUGUACUUGUGAUUUACAUAAUAUAUUUCAUUUUAAAUGCAAUUUGCUUCAAUGCAAUGAUAACAUUAUCUUAUAUGUAUAAUACAUAUUAUAAUCCACUUAAAUGCAUGCCAAGCUCACUAAAACGUUUUUCAAAAAGUUGAAUGUAAAACUACUUUUAUACGUCAAGCAAACAUUAAAAUCUGAUGCUGUUUGAGUA